GGAGGAUGGCCUAAUGGGGUGUUCUGCUAAAGGAUGUAAUAAGUCUCCUCCUCUACAAAGUCAUCAGGACAUCCUCUUUUGCAGCUCCACGUUGACUUCGUCCACGCACAUGGUCCACUCUCUCCAUUGAAAACAGAUUUGUAGCAGGGAGGAAAUGAAGAUGAGAUCCCGAUAAAACUCCAGGCUUGAGGUGAACAGACUUCGACAUAUUCCUCCUUAUCUCUGCACUUCUUCUCCCUGGAUCCCUGUCUUCUGAGUUCCUCUCCUCUGUACCCUACCUGAGAUCAUCAUGGGGGACUCUGGCUCCACCAACUCCAUGCGUCUGAAGCAGGAGAUAUCCCUGCUGCACGGCGUCUGCCUCAUCGUGGGGAACAUGAUUGGCUCGGGCAUCUUUGUGUCCCCCAUUGGUGUUCUACAGUACACAGGAUCUUAUGGUCUGUCGCUGGUGGUUUGGGUUAUUGGAGGGAUCUUCUCUGUGUUUGGUGCCUUGUGCUAUGCUGAGCUGGGCACCACCAUCCGCAAGUCAGGAGCCAGUUAUGCCUACAUCCUGGAGUCCUUUGGUGGCUUCCUGGCCUUUAUUCGUCUGUGGACGUCCCUUAUGAUCGUGGAACCGGCCUGCCAGGCGGUCAUUGCACUCACUUUUUCUAAUUACUUAGUAAAACCCUUUUUCCCAACCUGCCCAGCACCAAAUGAAGCAGUACGGCUCAUUGCAGCUCUCAUUAUAGGUCUUCUGACCUUUGUGAAUUGUAUGAAGGUGAAGUGGGGAGCUAUUCUUCAGGUCAUCUCUACUGUGGCUAAAGUCUUGGCUCUCAUAGUCAUCAUUACUGCUGGAAUGAUAGUGUUGGCCCAAGGGAAGACAAACAACUUCAGGGAUUCAUUUGAGAACUCUAAACUGAACGCAGGAGACAUGGCUCUGGCUCUUUAUGCUGCUCUUUACUCAUACUCCGGCUGGGACACACUGAACUUCAUCACUGAAGAGAUCAAAAACCCAGAGAGGAACCUGCCGCUGUCAAUAGCAAUCUCCAUGCCCAUUGUCACAGUUAUCUACAUCCUGACUAAUGUUGCCUAUUACGCCGUGUUGGACAUAAAUACAGUGCUGCAGAGUGAAGCCGUGGCUGUGACGUUUGCUGACUAUGUACUGGGUUAUGCAAGCUGGCUCAUCCCGCUGUCUGUGGCCAUCUCCUGUUAUGGAGGUUUAAACUCCUCCAUCAUAGCCGCCUCCAGGUUGUUCUUUGUGGGGUCACGUGAGGGUCAUUUACCCAACGUUCUCUGCAUGAUUCAUGUCAAGCGCUACACACCUAUCCCAGCCCUGCUCUUUAACGGUGGCAUGUCUCUCAUAUUUCUGUGUGUGAAAGAUGUGUUCCAGCUCAUUAAUUACUUUAGUUUUAAUUACUGGCUGUUCAUUGGCCUUUCCAUUGGCAGUCAGAUCUACCUGCGCAUUAAAGCACCUGAUCUGCCACGUCCUGUUAAGCUGAGUCUGUUCUUCCCUAUAGUGUACUGUCUAUGCAGUGUGUUUCUGGUGGUUGUACCGCUCUACAGUGACACCAUAAACUCUCUGGUGGGAAUCACGGUUGCACUCUCCGGUGCUCCUGUGUAUUACAUAUGUGUGCACCUCCCUCCCAGUGCCAGACCCGCCUUUCUUGGACACAUGCUCAAUACAAUGUCGUUGUGCACACAGAAGCUGUGUUUUUGCUGCGUAGCAGAACCUGGUUUGGACCUGGACAAUCUGCCUGAGCUGGACAAAAAGAAAUAAACACAGGCUCCAAAGGAAGCUAAACCAAGGAAGUUGGAUUACAAAGGCUUCUUUGAGAAUAAGGCAGAACCUCACGUCUACACUUUCCAGUCCAAGUGUGCAUGAAAUGGAUAAAUGAAUAUACAAGGAGAUUAUUAGGAUUUAAAUAUUCAGCAGAGUAAACAACUGAAACCAGUGUUAUUAUAGUUUUGUAUUUUUAAUUUAGUUUUUAUUUCUAUUUCAUGAGGUGAAUAUGGGUAAAGUGACACUUAAGGGCACUUAAGCUUCCAUAUGUAUUUCCUUAAAUGAUUAGAAAUCUUUUCUAAACUAAUCUUUGGGGAGUAAACAAUUAAAGGAAUAAUUCACCCAAAAAUGAAAGUUUUCAAAUAAUUUACUAACCCUCAUGCCAUCCCAGAUGUGUGUGACUUUCUUUCUUCUGGUUAACAUAAAUGAAGAUUUUU